UAACAGCAACAGACACCUGCAGUUGACAUUGAUGUCUUGUCGCCACGUUGGGGUCGACUGAAGAAGAUUGAAGAAGAUUGAAGGAGAAUGAAGGAGACUGAAGGAGAUUGAAGGAGAGAAUUUGUAGCCCACUUGUUACCACAAACCAGAAGGAUAGGAGAACUCGACCAUUAAGAAUAGUGACAGUGUAUGCUUUCAUUAUUCAGAUGAUUCCUGCCUUAGGCUACUACAGUUUAAAUACCAGCAAUACGGUGAUGAUACAGUACAGGAGGAGUUUCUACAGAUUAUGAUCAACUGGACAGUGUCUGAAGUUCCACAUUGGACAAUAUGGUUGAUUUCGAGGAACUGUUUUUACCUUUGUGACACUGCUACAGAGUUAAUGGUGUGUAAGGGUAAAGUACAGACCUGGGGGAGGAAGACGCUUUUAUUUUGACAUUUACCCGGAUGUAGGAUUUCUGAACAACAACUUCAGCGGUAUAUAACGUUAUGUCUCGCUGCGAUCCGUUUACAGAUGGUGUCCUCCUGUUGGAUUUUACUCUCAGUGAGACGAUGUCUUCAGUCCAUGAAAACUGUGAUCCAGCAGUAUAAAAUAAUGUUUGGAAGAAAACCUUUGACAGCUGCACCAUUGCUGAUUCUUGUGAUGAAUAUCUUCAGAGGACAUGCACUACCAUGUCAUCCAUCAGAGUAUCAGAGAGGGAAUGAAUGCUGUCCUAAGUGUCUUCCUGGAAGUCGAGUUAAAACAGAUUGCACAGAGUUCAGGAGUACUUCCUGUCUGUCCUGCACUGAGGGAACCUUCAUGAAUCAGCCUACAGGACGGACACAAUGUUUCUCCUGUACAAUCUGUGAUACAGGUUCUGGUUUGAAGAUAAAGACAUCAUGUACAACAACAUCAGAUACAGUUUGUGAACCACUGGAGGGAUUCUACUGUUUGAACUCUGCAGAGGACGGCUGUAUGUCAGCACAGAGACACACACUCUGUCGACCAGGACAAUACAUCAGUCAGAAAGGAACAGCAUUAACAGACACUGAGUGCUCUGACUGCAGUGCUGGAACAUAUUCAAAUGGAACAUUUCCAUCCUGUCAGCCACACACACAAUGUGAAUCAAUGGAUCUUCUGAUAAAAGCAGGAACUGUUUCAACUGAUGCUCAAUGUGAACAAAGUUCAUACCCAACAGGGAUUGUUAUCGGUGUUGUUGUAGGAGCAGUGAUUUUUUUAGUAAUUGUAGCAGCUGCAUUGUUCUGUUGCAGGAAGAAGAAAAUAAAUCCAAACAGAGAAAGAAAGGCAGACAUAUCCACCCUGGAAAAGCUGAAUGGAGAACAACCAGACAGAAGUCCACAGCAGCAGCUCAUCCACAAACUGGACCAGCUGGGGCUUAACACCUCCCUGUGCAACUGGCUGUUGGAAUUCCUGAUGGGGAGGCCACAGGCAGUUUGGGUCGGCAGCAACACCUCCAGCACCAUCACACUGAACACAGGGGCACCCCAAGGAUGUGUGCUGAGCCCCCUCCUCUUCACUCUGCUGACCCAUGACUGCACACCAUCAUUCAGCUCCAACCUCUUCAAAAAAGCCCAACAGCGCCUCAUCUGCACUGUGUCCUGUCGCAAGACUCUGCAGCGCAUAGUGAGAGCAGCUGAGAAGAUCAUUGGUGUCCCUCCCCCCCUUUUUGACAUUUAUAACACCCGCAUCACCAGCAAAGCAAUCAGGAUUGCAGGUGACCCCACACACCCAUCUCACAGCCUCUUCAGCCUGCUGCCUUCAGGGAGGAGACUGCGCAGUCUCUGGGCCAAAACCAGCAGGCUCAAGGACAGUUUCUUCCACCUGGCUGUCAGGAGACUCAACUCCAUCCCUGCUCUACCAUCACUCUGUCCUCUAAUUGCCUUCGACACCAUCAAACCUCUCCGGCUGGCAGAGAAACUCUCUGUGAUGCAGGUGGAUCAGGACCUCGUGGCCUGGAUCACUGACUACCUCACUGACAGACCACAAUACGUCAGACUGCACAGCUGCUUGUCAGAUGUGGUAACCAGCAGCACUGAUGAUAGGGAGGAGGAGUACAGAAACCUGAUUAAGAACUUCAUUGGAUGGUGCGAUAGGAACCAACUACAGCUCAACACAGGAAAAACUAAAGAGCUGGUGGUGGACUUCUGGCGAGGUUUACAGAUGGUGUCCUCCUUUUGGAUUUUAAUCUCAGUGAGACGACGUCUUCAGUCCAUGAAAACUGUGAUCCAGCAGUAUAAAAUGACGUUUGGAAGAAAACCUUUGACAGCUGCACCAUUGCUGAUUCUUGUGAUGAAUAUCUUCAGAGGACAUGCACUACCAUGUCAUCCAUCAGAGUAUCAGAGAGGGAAUGAAUGCUGUCCUAAGUGUCUUCCUGGAAGUCGAGUUAAAACAGAUUGCACAGAGUUCAGGAGUACUUCCUGUCUGUCCUGCACUGAGGGAACCUUCAUGAAUCAUCCUACAGGACGGACACAAUGUUUCUCCUGUACAAUCUGUGAUGCAGGUUCUGGUUUGAAGAUAAAGACGUCAUGUACAAUAAUAUCAGAUACAGUUUGUGAACCACUGGAAGGAUUCUACUGUUUGGACUCUACAGAGGACGGCUGUAUGUCAGCACAGAGACACACACUCUGUCGACCAGGACAAUACAUCAGACAGAACGGAACAGCAUUAACAGACACUGAGUGCUCUGACUGCAGUGCUGGAACAUAUUCAAAUGGAACAUUUCCAUCCUGUCAGUCACACACACAAUGUGAAUCAAUGAAACUUCAGCUGAUAAAAGCAGGAACUGUUUCAACUGAUGCUCAAUGUGGAGAACAAAGUUCAUACCCAACAGGAACUGUGAUCGGUGUUUGUGCAGCAUUGCUUUUUACAUUAAUUGGAACAGCUGUGUUGGUAUUUGUAUUGUGGAAGAAAGGAUGUCUAAACUCAGGGACGGCUGAGUGGAGAAGAACCAUCUGUGAUGACUUUAGGCAGUGCAGAUGUAACUGUACAGAGACUAAAGUCAGCCAGGACGGACAACGUGGAGCAAGAUACUGACUUGUGUCCUCAGUGUGAGAUGGCUCCAGACUCUUCAUUCAUUGGAUAGCUGAGAGGGACUUCUAGGAAGUUCUCUUCAUGUAACUGUACAUGUAGACUUUAUUGAUCCUCUCUGGUGGUCACACAGUUGGAUCUGAACACCAAAGUGGAAAUGGACCAAAGGACAGAUACAUUGUGUCCUGAACUGCAACAUGAUGGGACAAAUGGUUUCUUUGACCAAAAGCAAAAAGACUGAAUAAUAGGAUAGGUCGAUUGGACAAAUAUAUUGACCUUCAGUGAUUGUUGGACAGACGGUUGCUGGUUGAAAAAUGUUGCCUGACCCUACUGGAUAGUGUGCGUUUGACACACACAAGCCCAGGUUAGUACACAGACAAGUAGCAGUCCAUGUUGAAUAUUCCAUGUUCCCAAGACAUUAAUAAGACAAUAUUUGACCUAAAAUUUUACCUUCGUUCUGUGGAGGUUGGUGUGGUUUACAAUCAGCUGCACAGACUUUGAACAGACACAAUGUUGUUAAAUAAUUAAAUUUCCCCCUUAAAAGACCAGAGAGUAGGAUUCCUUAAUUCAGUUUUUUAGCUGUCACUAUGUAAAUAUAUUAAAAUAAAUAAAUAUAAAUGUUUACAUAA